AUGAAUGAUGAUGAUGAUGCUUUGGAUGAUGAUGAUGAUGAUGAUGAUUUGGAUGAUGAUGAUGAUGAUGAUGAUGAUGAUGAUUUGGAUGAUGAUGAUGAUGAUGAUGAUGAUGAUGAUGAUUUGGAUGAUGAUGAUGAUGAUUUGGAUGAUGAUGAUGAUGAUGCUUUGUAUGAUGAUGAUGAUGAUGAUGAUGCUUUGGAUGAUGAUGAUGAUGCUUUGGUUGAUGAUGAUGAUAUCAGAAUUUAA